UCUUUGAUUACCCCCUCGAUGAUAUCGUACAAGUACCCCUCCCUCUCUGCCCGGAUCUCCCAUUCCCUUCGGUGCCAGCAAUCGUCGGUCUGAUGCCCGUUCACAUACAGAAGUGGAUGGAUGCUGGCUAUUCUGCGCAAAGUUCGUCCUUCAUACGCGCAUGCAAGACUCUUUUAGAAAGUGCUAUCGACUUUUCCUUUGGUGAAGUGUUGGACACAGAGUAUGCUGAUGGUGACCAGCUGCCGACCACGCUCAAGGAGAUGAUCCAUGGGCUCGAUGAGCGCCAGAAGGGUUGGGUCUACAACUACUUCCUCAUAAAGGAGCCAGGCGAGUCAUCUAGCGACUCGGAUAGUGACGCCUGGUCGGAUCAAAUCAGCCUAUCCUUGAUCACAAAAACAGACUCGCAGAGUAGUAAUGAAAGCGGUGUUUCUGAGAGCAUCAAGACGGGUGUGUCAAAUGCCAUAGAAAGUGAGUUUCUGUUUGGCAAAAAAAAUUCAGAUGUUUUGCUCACCUUUGAAUGUAGUCAUCCCCAAGAGCGAGGGUAUCAUUGAGAACAAGUCUGGCUGAACUGGGUUCUUCUAUUGAUUUUCAGUGAAGUUUAGACAUUAUGUGAUGUUCUUAUCUCUUUGUUUCAUUACUCUGUACUUACAAUAGUGUGUUAUGAAU